AUGGCUUCCACUACUACAGAUCCUCUUUACCGUCUAGGUGUAGAUGUUGGUGGUACAUUCACCGAUGCCUGCGCCUUUGCGCCGAAUGGCAAAAUCUACAGAGCAAAAGUGCCAUCUACACCUCACGAUCAGUCGAUAGGCGUAAAGAACGCCAUUGACAAAGUCCGGGCAACGAUUCAAGUCGAUGUGCCAUUUACAGGAAAAUUUGGAGCUCUCCACCAUGGCAGUACCGUUGCAACGAAUGCACUACUCGAAGGCAAAGGUGUUCCCGCCGCUCUCAUCGUAACAGAAGGUCACAAAGAUGUUUUGGUCGCAAGACGAAGUCAGAUUCCCGGAGGGCUCGCAGCAUGGAUCUCAUGGGAUCCUCCAGCACCACUCAUUCCGCUGGACAGAACACUUCAGGUCCCGGAGAGAAUCGGCGUAGACGGCGAGGAAGUGAGACCUGUCGAUGCAGAUGUGCUGCGAAAAGAGCUGUUGAAGGUCAAGGGCAAAGUUCAAGCUGUCACUGUGAGCUUGAUUAAUUCGUGGGUAAAUGGCGAGCAUGAGAAACAGGUGGUGAAGCGCUAUAUGAAAGGUCUCUCCGAAAAGCUCAACGACGAUACGCCCACGGUUCGAAUUCUGAAAAGUGAUGGAGGUCUUACAAAUCUGGAAAUGGCUGGAGAGUUGCCGGUGAACAUCCUGAUGUCUGGUCCUGCUGGUGGCGUACGAGGAAUUACUAGCAUCAUCGCCAAUGCAACAGAACACAAGAAUCUUGUCACCCUUGAUAUGGGAGGCACAUCUACAGAUGUUGCUCUCAUCGCAAACGCUCAGCCAUCGUUGAGACGAGAGACGAUGGUGGGCGAUUUGGCAGUACGAUCGCCUUCGGUGGAUGUCAGGACAAUUGGUGCCGGUGGUGGAAGUUUGGCCUUUUACUCAAAGCUGACCAACACACUUCGUGUGGGUCCAGAGAGUAGUGGAGCCAACCCGGGGCCUGCGUGUUAUGGAAGAGGAGGUGUUCAAGCUACCGUCACAGACGCCAAUCUGGUGCUGGGUUAUCUUCCAGAAAACUUGCUGGGUGGAGAAUUCCACCUCGAUGUCAAGGCUGCGCGUGCUGCAGUUGGUGCCUUGGCGGAGGAGAUGGGCAAGACGAUUUAUGAAGCUGCCGAAGCCAUUAUCGAUCUGGCUAACGAGACCAUCUACGGUGCUCUCCGUUUGGUUUCCGUCGAGCAAGGCCAUAAUCCCGCAGAUUUCGCUUUGGUCGCGUUCGGAGGCGCUGGACCAAUGUGUGCGAAUGCUGUCGGUAAGCUCCUCGGAGCGUGGCCUGUCAUCGUCCCAGCUGCGCCUGGAAUUCUCUGCGCACAGGGUGAUGCCACCACCAAGAUGAGCCACGAACUUUCUGCGUCCUUUAUCCAGCUACUCGAUGCUACAACCAUGGAAACUAUCCGAAGCGAGUUCUCCACUCUCAAAGAGAAAUGCGAGACCAUCAUGAAAGAUGCCUUGGACGAGGCCAACCCGGUGCUUGAGGUGACGUACACUUCAGCUUUACGAUACAGAGGUCAGGCCCUUGAGCUUCCCAUAACCUUGACCGAGGAAGAUCUAUCUCAACCAAAGGAAGCAUUCGAGAAGAUUGCUCACGCCAAGUUCGACAAGCUGCACGAGCAGCAAUUCAGUUACACUCUGGAGAAUUUCCCAAUUGAGCUCACCAGAUUGACUGUGACGAUUGUGGACGCUUCUCCGGAUAUUGAAAUCCCUYACAUUGCAGUGGCAGACUCAGAAACACCUCCCGAAUCUGGAAUAUUGGAGACCAAGACCAUUGUAGUGCAAGGUAAAGAGCACCAGGCCCAAUUCUGGAGUCGUGGAAUCCUCAAGGCGGGCCAUCGUGUGCAAGGACCUUGUGUGGUUGUGGAAAUGGACAGCAACACUCUCAUUGCACCUGGAUUCGAGGGCGUCGUUGACGCGGUUGGCAASAUUUGCAUUUCACCCUUGCCGGGGAAUGAGAUGCCUUCGUUCAAGUCGAGGUUCGAGAGCACGGUGUCUGAUAAGACUCAAGAGGAUAAGGAGGCUGAGGCGAGGAAAGUGGUGGAGGAUAUCCCCACCCUUCCAACCUUGAUCUCAUCCUCCCUCGCCUCUAUUAGAGCUGAGAUGGACACGCUGAUGCUGAGAUGUUCCAUGUCGCCGGCGAUUCGCGAACAACAGGAUGAGUUCAAUGUCAUCACCAAUGCUGCAGGUCAGAUGUUGGUAGGCCAAUUCGGCUCAUUCAUUGGACAAUUCCUCAAGAUCUGGACGUACAAAGUCAAUAAAGGCGAUGUUGAAGACAUUGAAGAGGGCGAUGUAUUCAUCACCAAUGACGUCUACGAAGUCGAAGGAGCUGUAUCCCACUUGAACGACGUCAUUGUCCUCCUGCCCAUCUACUUUGAGCACAAACUCGUCGGCUGGGCCGCAAACUUUGGCCACAUGACAGACGUUCAAGGCCAAGUCCCCGGCUCAAUGUCCAUCAAUGCCCAGACGAUUUUCGAUGAUGGUCUACAAGUACCAACAAUGAAGCUCUUCGAGAAGGGCAAGAUGAACAAAUCGAUUGUGGAUUUGAUGUGUCGAAACAGCAGACAGCCGGAAUGGCUUCGCUCGGAUUUACUGGCUCUCAUCUCAGCCUGUCGAACUGCUGCGACUCGAGUGUGCGAACUGUGCACUCGUUUCGGACCCGAGGUAUACGCUGCGUCUACUGAUAUCCUACUGCAGCGUACAAGGACUGCUGUGAGCGAAAUCAUCGAGCACCAUAUGAGUGACGAGACGUCGACUUUUGUURACUUUGUCGAUGAUGAUGGUCAUGGUCGCGGUCCCUUUGCUUUGAAGUGCACGCUCAGUAAGACGGCGAAGAAUCGACUCAAGUUUGAUUUCCAUGGCACGAGUCCCCAGGCCAGUUCGAGUAUCAAUUACUUUUUGAGCGAGAAGAUGUUCAAGAUGUUUGUUGGGUACUACCUACUGGUCGUCCACGCACCGUUCACCAUUCCAAAUGAUGGUUUCCAUGAUCUGAUCGAUGUGGAGAUCCCGCUUGGUUCUUUGUUGAAGCCUGUUCGACCGGCUGCGCUAUCUUGUCGUACCCACUUCCUAGGCCGUACGAUGGAUAUCAUGCAAGCUCUAUUUGGACAACGCAACGAGGCUUUCAUGACGGCCGCAGGCUUCAGUGAUUCCCCACACUUCUUCUACUCUGGAUUCAAACCAWACGGUGAAUGGUAUCAACUAUACCAAAUCGCAUUUGGUGGUGUCCCAGCCAGACCAAAGGGAGAUGGUCCAGACUGCCACUGCUUGUUCCCAGCAAUCAAAUCUGUUCCAACAGAAUCGAUUGAGUUGAACUUCCCCGUGCGCCUGGAAGUCAACGAAGCCGUCGCAGACAGUGGSGGUGCAGGCUUCUACCGAGGAGGCAACGCUCAAAAGACAUGCUACCGCUUCCUCUCAGCAGGGGAAUUCUCCAUCCACGACGACAGAUGGUUCACCAAACCCUGGGGAGUCCGAGGCGGUAAACCCGGCAGUCGCAGCAAGAAAGCCAUCCACAGAACCGACGGAACCACCACACUCCUCCCUUCAAAAUGCGACCACGUCAGAGUCCAACCAGGAGAUCUUCUAGAAUGGCAAACAUGGGGUGGUGGUGGACUCGGAGACCCACUGACCCGUCCGGCGGAACUCGUCGCUUUGGAAGUCCGGAGGAAACUCGUGACAGUUACUGGAGCGAAGGAUAAUUACGGCGUGGUGAUGCAUCCGGAAACCUUGGAAGUCGAUGAAAUUGCCACGGAGACUUUGAGAGGUGAUAUUGAGAAGGAAGAGGCUGGAAAGGUGAUGGCUCCGCUUUAUGAUCGAGGUGGUACCCUGGCCGAACUCGCGGCGAGCUGUAAAGAGGAGACGGGAUUCGAUGCCCCGACGCCACAAUGGGAAGAGGAUAUCUAUGGUCCUCAUGUUGCUUUGCCGUAUGUGCAGGAGUGGUAUAAGAAAGGUCGCGAGGUGGGAUAUAAAGUGUGGGAUGUUUGA